AGGAGGGGGUCGUGCGCGGCGAGGGGCGGGACCCGGCAACCUGCUGAGGUUCAGGCGGCCGAGGCCUGGCCAUGCGGGCGGGCCGGGGCGCGGGGCCGCCGGGGCCCGUGGUGGUCGCCGCCGCUGUCGUGCUGCUGCUCACCGGCGUGGGACCGGCGCGCGGCUCCGAGGACAUCGUGGUGGGCUGCGGGGGCUUCGUCAAGUCGGACGUGGAGAUCAACUACUCGCUCAUCGAGAUAAAGUUGUACACCAAGCAUGGGACUUUGAAAUACCAGACAGACUGUGCCCCAAACAACGGUUACUUUAUGAUCCCCUUGUAUGAUAAGGGAGAUUUCAUUCUGAAGAUUGAACCUCCGCUUGGGUGGAGUUUUGAGCCGACUAACGUGGAGCUCUACGUGGAUGGCGUCAGUGACAUCUGCACCAAGGGCGGGGACAUCAACUUCGUGUUCACGGGCUUCUCUGUGAAUGGAAAGGUUCUCAGCAAAGGGCAGCCCCUGGGUCCGGCAGGAGUUCAGGUUUCCCUGAGGAACUUGGGGACCGAAGCGAAGAUCCAGUCCACAGUCACCCAGCCUGGCGGCAAGUUUGCAUUUUUUAAAGUGCUUCCUGGAGAUUAUGAAAUUCUUGCAACUCAUCCAACCUGGGCAUUGAAAGAGGCCAGCACCACGGUGCGUGUCACCAGCUCCAACGCCAAUGCCGCCAGUCCUCUCAUAGUUGCUGGCUAUAACGUGUCUGGCUCUGUGCGAAGUGACGGGGAACCCAUGAAAGGGGUCAAGUUCCUUCUCUUUUCUUCUUUGGUAACUAAAGAGGAUGUCCUGGGCUGCAACAUCUCACCUGUGCCUGGGUUCCAGCCCCAGGAUGAGAGUCUGGUGUAUUUGUGCUACGUGGUCUCCAAGGAAGAUGGCUUGUUCUCCUUCUCUUCCUUACCCAGUGGGAGCUAUACUGUGAUUCCUUUCUAUAGAGGGGAGAGGAUUACUUUUGACGUUGCUCCUUCCAGACUUGAUUUUACGGUGGAACAUGACAGCCUGAAGAUUGAGCCCGUGUUCCACGUCAUGGGGUUCUCCGUCACCGGCAAGGUCUUGAACGGACCCGAGGGAGAAGGCGUUCCGGAGGCAGUCGUCACUCUGAAUAAUCAAAUCAAAGUCAAAACAAAAGCUGAUGGCUCUUUCCGCCUGGAGAACAUAACCACUGGGACCUACACCAUCCAUGCUCAGAAGGAGCACCUCUACUUUGAAACUGUGACAAUCAAAAUUGCACCUAACACACCUCAGCUGGCUGACAUCAUUGCAACAGGGUUCAGUGUCUGUGGUCAGAUAUCCAUCAUUCGCUUCCCCGACACAGUCAAGCAGAUAAGCAGAUACAAAGUUGUCCUGUCAUCGCAGGACAAGGACAAGUCUUUGGUCACCGUGGAGACAGAUGCUCAUAGAUCAUUCUGUUUUAAAGCGAAACCGGGGACCUACAGCGUCCAGGUGCUGGUCCCCGAGGCCGAGGCCAGGGCGGGGCUGACGCUGAAACCCCAGACCUUCCCUCUCACCGUGAGCGACCGGCCCGUGAUGGGAGUGGCCUUCGUGCAGUUCUUGGCGUCCGUGUCCGGGAAAGUCUCUUGUUUGGACACCUGUGGUGACCUGCUGGUGACCUUGCAGACCCUGAGCCGCCAGGGUGAGAAACGGAGCCUCCAGCUCUCCGGCAAGGCCAACUCGAUGACUUUCACGUUUGACAGCGUGCUCCCUGGGAAAUACAAAAUAAGCAUCAUGCACGAGGAUUGGUGCUGGAGGAACAAGAGCCUGGAGGUGGAGGUUCUGGAAGAUGACGUGUCAGCGAUUGAGUUUAGGCAGACGGGCUACAUGCUGCGAUGCUCUCUGUCUCAUGCGAUCACUCUGGAAUUUUAUCAGGAUGGAAAUGGACCUGAGAACGUGGGGAUUUAUAACCUCUCCAAAGGGGUCAACCGAUUCUGCUUGUCCAAGCCAGGCGUGUACAAAGUGACCCCUCGCUCCUGCCACCGGUUUGAGCAAGCUUUCUACACCUAUGACACGUCUUCACCCAGCAUCUUGACACUGACAGCCAUCCGCCACCACGUCCUUGGGACUAUCACCACUGACAAAAUGAUGGAUGUCACUGUGACGAUCAAGUCUUCCAUCGACAGUGAGCCCGCCCUCGUUCUCGGCCCUCUGAAGUCUGUGCAGGAGCUCCGGAGGGAGCAGCAGCUGGCUGAGAUCGAGAGCCGCAGGCAGGAGAGGGAGAAGAGCGGCACAGAAGGAGGAGGGGAGGGAGGGGCCAAGCCUCCCGUACAGGAGAUGGUGGACGAGUUACAGGGCCCCUUCUCCUAUGAUUUCUCCUACUGGGCACGGUCUGGAGAGAAAAUCACCGUUACACCCUCAUCCAAAGAGCUUCUCUUCUAUCCCCCUUCCAUGGAAGCCGUCGUCAGUGGAGAAAGCUGCCCUGGGAAGCUGAUAGAAAUUCACGGGAAAGCAGGCUUGUUCUUGGAAGGCCAGAUCCACCCGGAUUUGGAAGGAGUAGAGAUUGUCAUCAGUGAAAAGGGGGCAAGUUCACCCCUGAUCACUGUCUUUACUGAUGACAAAGGUAGCUACAGUGUGGGCCCCCUGCACAGUGACCUGGAGUACACUGUGGCCUCCCAGAAGGAGGGCUACGUGCUGACUGCCGUGGAAGGAACCGUAGGAGACUUCAAGGCUUAUGCCUUGGCUGGCAUAAGCUUUGAGAUCAAAGCCGAGGAUGACCAGCCACUCCCUGGAGUCCUGCUGUCGCUCAGCGGUGGCCUGUUCCGUUCCAACCUCCUGACCCAGGACAAUGGCAUUCUGACGUUCUCAAACCUGAGCCCUGGGCAGUAUUACUUCAAACCCAUGAUGAAAGAAUUCCGGUUUGAGCCAUCCUCCCAAAUGAUCGAGGUGCAGGAGGGGCAGAACCUGAAGAUCACCAUCACUGGGUACCGGACGGCCUACAGUUGCUAUGGUACAGUUUCUUCUUUAAAUGGAGAACCAGAACAGGGUGUUGCCGUGGAAGCAGUGGGACAGAACGACUGUAGCAUUUAUGGAGAAGACACUGUGACAGAUGAAGAGGGAAAGUUCAGAUUACGUGGAUUACUGCCCGGGUGCGUUUACCACGUUCAGCUCAAGGCAGAAGGCAACGAUCACAUCGAGCGGUCCCUGCCCCACCACCGGGUCAUCGAGGUCGGGAAUAAUGACAUCGAUGAUGUAAACAUCAUAGUUUUCCGGCAGAUUAAUCAAUUUGACUUAAGUGGAAAUGUGAUCACGUCCUCCGAGUAUCUUCCCACAUUAUGGGUGAAGCUUUACAAAAGUGAAAACCUCGACAAUCCGAUUCAGACCGUCUCUCUGGGCCAGUCCCUCUUCUUCCACUUCCCGCCACUGCUCAGGGACGGCGAGAAUUAUAUUGUGCUUCUGGACUCCACACUGCCCAGAUCCCAGUAUGACUAUGUCUUGCCUCAAGUUUCUUUCACUGCUGCGGGCUACCAUAAACACAUCACCUUGAUUUUUAACCCCACGAGGAAACUGCCUGAGCAAGACAUUGCCCAAGGAUCUUACAUCGCGCUGCCCCUGACGCUGCUUGUUCUGUUGGCCGGUUACAACCAUGAUAAGCUCAUUCCCUUGCUGCUGCAGUUAACAAGUCGACUGCAGGGAGUCCGCGCUCUCGGCCAGGCAGCCUCUGACAAUAGCGGCCCAGAAGAUACGAAGAGACAAGCCAAGAAACAGAAGACGAGGCGGACGUGAGGAGGAGGGGCAGUUGAAAUCUCACUUGGGACAGGCCACUGUGUGGGGCCACUGCCCCACGCUUGCAACAGAAGCAUGCAUUUGACAACCUUCAGACACGUGCUCUUCGCCCAUUCCCCCGCCGUCGGCAUCGCUGCCUGUACCUGGUGCCCCCUUCGUGCAGCCCCUCGGCACACUGCAGUAAAUGGACCCUCCUGUCACUCUGCUGAACACAAUUUAUUUUCUGAGUUGGAAAUAAUUUAUUAUUAUUAUUAUUUUUGUCAAAGAAGUAUUUUAAGCUCUGUUGGUGAUGUGAGAAUAUAAGUCUUAAUCUUCGGCAUUCAUUUGAAAGAAGAAUUCCAGUAAAUGUGAUUUUUGGUUCCAUAACAAAGUACAUUUUGGGUUUACCUUUUCCCUUAACUUCCCUUGGCAUCCAGGAUCCCUGCUGGAAACUGCAGCCACCUGUAUCCGCCACCAGGAGGGUGCACCCGGAGGUGAAAAUCAAUAAAUGGCCCAUUCAUUUGUGUUGUA